AUGCAUUUAGCAGCGAAUGAAUCAUUAUUUUGGGGAACAUAUAGACCUAAUUUAUAUUUUGGAGUUAGACCAAGAUUACCCGAAUCUUUAUUAAGUGGAUUAAUGUGGUUUGGACUUGGGGAUUAUUAUUCACUAAAAAAUUUUAGACAUCAAUGCGAUCAGGCGGAUAAAAUGAAAGAGUAUAGCUAUAAGAAACAUGACGGAAGAAAUUUUGGAGUGCAAACUAUAACAGAUGAAUUAAUGAAAGGAUUACACCCACCACAACUUAAAGAUCUCAUAGAAAAUGAUAAUAAUGAGCCAAUUGUUAAACCAAAAACCAUACAAAAUGUUAAAAGUAUUCCAGCUAAGCCUUUAUUAACAUUUUGA